UUUGUUUCUAUCAUUGAUUUCACAUAUAUCUGAAGUGCAAAUUUUGAAAUAAUUGGACAUGCUUCAUGAUUGAUCAGUUAUUAGAGGCAACAUAUACUCAAAAAUUUAUUGGAAUGGCGCUGAUGGGAAAAAGUCAAACAAUGGAAUCAUUGGAUCGGUCUUUAUCAUCUUUUGAAAAUUGUAAAAACGUUGAAUUUAUGGUUCAUCCUGGUUAUAGGACAAUUAAACAUACAAAUGAGUCUAAUAAUCUUGAAGGCUGUGGAGAUCCUGAUGGUCCUGAUAUAUUUUCACAGUCAAGUGAUCGAGAACAUGAAAUGUUUUUUCUUACAAGUGAUGAAUUUAAAGACUAUUUAAUUGUACAUAACUAUGAACUUUUGAAAUUUUCCGACUUAUCAUAAAUCCAUAUUUUAUUUCCGCUAUUGUUGCUACUAUUGAAAAGAAUAAACGUAUAAAUUCA